AUGACGUCGCGGUGGAUGUGAGGCUGCCGCAGCCGGUGUUUCCUCCAGAGCCUCGGAGCUGAGCUUGUCAUCCCUCAAGCUGCGAACAUGUCUGACUUCACCGAGGACCAGAUCCUGGAAUUCAAGGAGGCUUUUCUGUUGUUUGACCGAACCGGCGAGGGGAAGAUCAGCUACAGCCAGUGUGGUGACGUCAUGAGAGCGCUCGGUCAGAACCCGAUCAACGCUGAGGUGCUCAAGGUUUUGGGGAACCCAAAGUUGGAAGACAUGAACUACAAGAUGCUGGACUUCGAGCAGUUCCUCCCCAUGCUGCAGGCCAUUGCCAAAAACAAGGACCAGGGCUCUUACGAGGACAUUAUUGAGGGUCUGAGGGUCUUCGACAAGGAAGGGAACGGCACAGUGAUGGGAGCUGAGCUGCGACAUGUACUCACCACACUGGGUGAAAAGAUGACAGAGGAGGAAGUGGAGACUCUCCUCGCUGGACAUGAGGACGCCAACGGCUGCAUCAACUACGAAGAACUUGUGCGGAUGGUGAUGAGCGGCUGAAGAUUCCACACCUCCAUCCAUCACCCUCACUUAAUUUAUUCCGUCAUCUUUCACUGCAUUGUUUUUUUGUUUUAUUUAUAAAGUGCCUUCUAUGUCUGCUGAAGUUCAAUAUCAGACCCGAGGUACUAUUUCUUCCUUGACUCCUCAGUCUUCCUUCCAUUGUUAUUGACUUAAAUUAUUAAAUAAAUGAGAAACAAAAGGUUGAAAAA